GUAUAAGAGAACCAGACAAAAUGAACCAAAUCUUGAAGGGAAGACAUUAAAUUUGCUUCAUAUUCCUUGUAAUUUCUUUACUCUUUGCUUGCAAGCUACACCCGCAGACGCGCUCAAAUCGUGCUUUAUAUUUGAAUCUUCUCACCCCAGGCUUUCAGAACCAGCAGGUUUCUUUCACUUCAGCAUUUCUGUUAUAAGCUGUUCAUUGCUCUUACAUCACCACAUUCUUUAUUCUUCUUGUUCAACCUGUGGUACAGAAGGUUUGAUUUGAGUUUUGAAGGUGCAGAUUUAAGAUAUAGAAAUGGGGCAAGCUUUUGGUUGCAUUCAAGUAGACCAAUCCACUGUUGCUAUCAAAGAAACUUUUGGGAAGUUUGCUGAUGUGCUUGAACCAGGUUGUCACUGUCUGCCUUGGUGUUUGGGGAGCCAGGUCGCUGGUCACCUUUCUUUACGUGUACAACAGCUGGAUGUUCGAUGUGAAACAAAAACAAAGGAUAAUGUGUUUGUUAAUGUGGUUGCAUCCGUUCAGUACAGAGCCUUGGCUGAUAAGGCUUCAGAUGCUUUCUACAAGCUCAGCAAUACCAGAUCACAGAUACAAGCCUAUGUCUUCGAUGUCAUUAGGGCAAGUGUUCCAAAGCUGGACCUGGAUGCAGCCUUUGAACAGAAAAAUGAAAUAGCAAAAGCUGUGGAAGAAGAGCUAGAGAAGGCCAUGUCACAUUAUGGAUAUGAGAUAGUUCAAACUCUUAUUGUGGACAUUGAACCUGAUGAGCAUGUAAAGAGAGCAAUGAAUGAAAUCAAUGCAGCUGCCAGGAUGAGGGUGGCUGCAAACGAGAAAGCUGAAGCAGAGAAAAUACUGCAAAUCAAGCGUGCUGAGGGAGACGCUGAAUCAAAGUAUUUGGCAGGGCUUGGUAUUGCUCGUCAGCGUCAGGCAAUUGUUGAUGGGCUAAGGGACAGUGUACUAGCCUUCUCUGUGAAUGUACCAGGCACAACAUCAAAGGAUGUCAUGGACAUGGUUCUGGUAACGCAAUAUUUUGAUACCAUGAAGGAAAUCGGUGCAUCCUCAAAGUCAAACUCUGUUUUCAUCCCACAUGGACCUGGUGCUGUGAGAGACAUUGCAUCACAGAUAAGAGAAGGUCUCCUUCAGGGCAGUGCUGCAAGUCAGUAGUCGCGUGUUCCAAUUUGCAAAUAUAUUUAUGUUGGGGUUAUUGAUAAAAAUGUGUGAAGUUUUGUUUUACUUGUGGUCGUACAGUGUGACAUAAGUAAAGAAUGGGAAUGGUGUAGGAUAUAUUAAGGUUUUUGAUGUGUGUAGUGUUGCUUUUAAUAAUGGUUUUGUUUUAAAAGCCAAAUUUAAGUGUGAUCUUAUUAUUAUAUUAGCUAUUGAAUUUCCAAGCUGUGGUAAAGGAAAUCAAAACUGAAUUUUUGUGUGCA